AGACACAAAUUGUACCAAUUGAAUAUAAAUUACUAGUUAUUUGAAUAGGUACUUAAGCGUUGGAUCGAGUAGAGUGUAGAAAUUUGUUUCAUAGAGAAAAAGACUUAAAUAUCCAUACAAUUAAAUAUAAUAAUGCCUUCGGUACAACCUAUUAAAGGGAUAAGCUUUGUAUCACUAGUUACCAAUGAUAGUGAUACGUUUGAAAAAUUGGCAUAUUUCUAUAAUGAAUUAGGAUUCAGAUUAACUAAGAACUUUUCCAAAGUAUCCAAUAAUGGAGCAGCAUCAGCUACCAAUAAUCCAAGUUUACAUUUAGGAAUUUCUAAUGAUUCAUUAAGAGAAAUAUGGUUAGAAAGUUUCCCCUUACAAAAUGUUGAUUCCAAUGGUAACACAAGACCAUGGCAAGAAUUAGAGAUUUAUGAUGGAGAUGGUUGUCAAAAACUUUCUGAUUCUACCACUUUAAAGAUCAGAUUAUCUAAUUUACCAAAGGUUAGUGAAUCUCAUAAGGAAUUGAAUUUCUUUACUACUAGUUUGACAGAAAUCAAAAAGAUCCUUAGCAAUUAUGAUUCAAAACUCGAUAUCACCCCCAGCUCUAUUUCUUCAACUGAUCCUAUGGGUAAUGUGAUAAAUUUCACUAACCAUAAGAAUCCAUUAGUCAAGGAAGUAUAUGAUUCACCUGAAGAGUACAUUAAUGUCACCUCCCAAGAAAUCUUGAGUGAAAUUCAAGACAGAAAGGAAAGAGAAGAAAAACCUGUAGAAGAACAAAAGAAGAAAAAAAUCGGAGUUAUGACAUCUGGUGGUGAUGCCCCAGGAAUGAAUCCUGCUGUGAGAGCCGUCGUUAGAGCCGGUAUUUUCUUGGGUUGUGAUGUAUUUGCCGUUUAUGAAGGUUAUGAAGGUUUGGUUCAAGGAGGUGAUUUAUUAAAGAAAAUGGAAUGGGGUGAUGUUAGAUCUUUCUUAUCACUUGGUGGUACUAAUAUCGGUACUGCUAGAUGUGCGGCAUUUAGAGAACGUGCCGGUAGAUUGGUAGCUGCUCAUAAUAUGAUUUUAAAUGGUAUCGAUGCUUUAAUUGUAUGUGGUGGAGAUGGAUCUUUGACUGGGGCUGACUUAUUUAGAAGUGAAUGGCCUUCAUUAAUUGAAGAAUUGGUUUCUACCGGUAAAUUAACCAAAGAGGAAGUUGCUCCAUAUAAGCAUCUUACUAUUGUUGGUUUAGUUGGAUCAAUUGAUAAUGAUAUGUCUUCCACUGAUGCUACUAUUGGAGCUUAUUCAUCCUUAGAAAGAAUUACUGAAAUGGUUGAUUAUAUUGAUGCCACCGCCACAUCUCAUUCUCGUGCUUUUGUAGUUGAAGUAAUGGGUAGACAUUGUGGUUGGUUAGGUUUGAUGUCUGGUAUUGCUACAGGAGCAGACUUUAUCUUUAUUCCUGAGAGACCUCCAAAAGCUGGAGAAUGGCAACAAGAGUUAAAAGAUGUUUGUUCAAGACAUAGAGCCAAAGGUAGAAGAAAGACUACUGUCAUUGUAGCAGAAGGUGCUAUUGACAGUGAAUUAAAUCCAAUCAGUUCUGAAGAAGUUAAGAAUGUCUUGGUUGAAUUAGGUUUAGAUACUAGAAUCACUACUUUAGGUCAUGUUCAAAGAGGGGGUACUGCCGUAGCUUAUGAUAGAAUGUUAGCCACAUUACAAGGUGUUGAUGCGGUUAGAGCUGUAUUGGAAUCUACUCCUGAUAUUCCAUCACCAAUGAUUGGUGUUUUGGAAAAUAAAAUUGUAAGAAAGCCAUUAGUUGAAGCUGUGAAAUUGACUAAAUCAGUGGCUGAUGCAAUUGAAUCAAAAGAUUUUGAUAAAGCCAUGGCCUUAAGAGAUUCAAGUUUUGAAGAAGCAUAUGGUCAGUUCUUGUCCAUUUCCAUCGAUGAUGAUGGACUGGCCUUGCUAGCAAAGGAAAAACAAUUAAACAUUGGUGUCGUUCAUGUUGGUGCACCAUCAUCUGCUUUGAAUGCUGCUACUAGAGCUGCUGCAUUAUAUUCUUUAUCUCGUGGUCAUAAAUUAUUUGCUAUUCAAAAUGGGUUCAGUGGUUUAAUUCAAGAUGGGUUAUUACGUGAAUUGAAUUGGCUUGAUGUAGAAGAUUGGCAUAAUAGAGGUGGCUCAGAAAUUGGAACCAAUAGAUCUUUACCAUCUGAAAAUUUUGGUAAAGUUGCUUAUUAUUUACAAAAGUAUAAUUUACAAGGGUUAAUUAUUAUUGGUGGAUUUGAAGCCUUUACUGCAUUAGAAGAAUUAUAUGAACACAAGUCUGCAUACCCUAUCUUUGAAAUUCCGAUUGUUGUAAUCCCAGCAACUGUUUCUAAUAAUGUUCCUGGUACUGAAUAUUCAUUAGGUUCAGAUACUUGUUUAAAUCAAUUGGUCAAAUACUGUGAUGCUGUUAAACAAUCUGCUUCAUCUUCUAGAAGAAGAGUAUUUGUAGUUGAAGUUCAAGGUGGUCAUUCAGGUUAUGUAGCAUCUUAUUGUGGAUUAAUUACCGGAUCAAUUGCUACAUACACUCCAGAAGCCAAAAUAACAUUAAGAAGCAUUCAAGAAGAUAUUGAUUUAAUAUUUGAAAUAUUUGCCAAUGAUCGUGGUGAAGACAGAAAUGGUAAAAUGAUUAUACGUAAUGAACAAGCAUCUUCAGUAUAUUCUACUGAAUUAAUUGCUGAUAUUAUAAAGGAAAAUGCCAAGGGAAGAUUUGAAACUAGAACUGCAGUUCCAGGACACGUUCAACAAGGGUUUACACCAUCAUCUGUUGAUAGAGUUAAUGCUGUGAAAUUUGCAGUUAAAUCAGUUAAAUUCAUUGAAGAAUGGAAUGGAUCUUGUGCUAAAGAAGCUGAUGUAAUUGUAGAUUCCAGAAUUUCUAAUGCUGUUGUUAUUGGAAUUCAAGGAGCUCAUGUUACAUUUGCUGAGGUAUCUCAAUUAUAUAAAAAUGAAGCAAAUGUGAAAUUGAGAAAGGGUAAGACUGUACAUUGGAAAGAAAUGAAUGAAGUCGCAGAUAUGUUGAGUGGCAGAUUAACGUUAAGAGCUCUGGACUGAGUAGCUGUUUUAUAUAAACAAUAAAUAAUUAUGAAUAAAUACAUAUAUAUGUGCA